AUGCUACAUGGUGAACUGUUGCAUGUUCACAGUGCAACUUUGACCUGUUUUCUAAAUGCAAGGAGACUGUUAUGUUGUGCUUGGCUCCCUACCCCUCCCCCCCGAUAUGUUUUUAUGAUCUAUAUUUUUGUAUUGAUUUCUAGGUUUCUUUAUUCAGAUGAAGUUCAGAUUGGUCCAGAAACAGUCAUGACUACUUUAUACACUGCUAAAAAGUAUGCAGUGCCAGCCCUGGAAGCACACUGUGUGGAUUUUCUAACUAAGCACCUCCGAGCAGAUAAUGCCUUUAUGCUGCUUACUCAAGCUCGUUUGUUUGAUGAACCUCAGCUUGCUAGUCUUUGUCUUGACACGAUAGACAAAAGUACUAUGGAUGCAAUAAGUGCAGAAGGCUUUACUGAUAUCGAUAUAGACACAUUAUGUGCAGUUCUAGAAAGAGAUACCCUUAGUAUUCGAGAAAGUAGACUCUUUGGAGCUGUUGUUCGUUGGGCAGAAGCAGAAUGUCAAAGGCAGCAACUGCCUGUGACGUUUGGAAACAAACAGAAAGUCCUUGGAAGAGCUCUUUCCUUAAUCCGUUUUCCAUUAAUGACUAUUGAAGAGUUUGCAGCAGGCCCUGCUCAGUCUGGGAUCUUGUCAGACAGGGAAGUAGUAAAUCUCUUUCUGCAUUUUACUGUCAAUCCUAAACCUAAAGUAGAUUAUAUUGACCGACCAAGAUGUUGCCUUAGAGGAAAAGAAUGCAGCAUUAACAGGUUCCAGCAAGUGGAGAGUCGCUGGGGCUACAGUGGAACAAGUGAUCGGAUUAGGUUCACAGUUAAUAGAAGAAUUUCCAUAGUGGGAUUUGGAUUAUAUGGAUCUAUUCACGGACCCACAGACUAUCAAGUUAAUAUACAGAUAAUUGAUUAUGAGAAGAAUCAAACGCUAGGACAAAACGAUACUGGAUUUAGUUGUGAUGGAACGGCGAGUACAUUCAGAGUUAUGUUCAAAGAACCUAUAGAGAUAUUGCCAACAGUUUGCUACACAGCUUGUGCAACGUUGAAAGGUCCCGAUUCUCACUAUGGAACAAAAGGUUUGAAGAAAGUGAUCCACGAAUCUCCUACCGCUAGCAAAACAUGCUUUGUCUUUUAUAGUUCACCAGGUAACAACAAUGGUACAUCAAUAGAAGAUGGACAGAUACCAGAAAUAAUAUUUUAUACAUAAUCUCACGUGAUCAUCCCGAAUGUGUCAGCGUAUCAGUGGACUUUGGCUCACUAUUGGCGGCAGUUAAAAAAUUCUGCGAAAUUGCAUCUAUAUGUAAAACCAAAACUAACUUGUUUGAGAGGUACUAGAAAAGCUAUUUUUUCUGCAUCGUUAUUGGCAGAAUGUAAUUUAGCUUUUCCUCCUAACAACAUGUCAAGUGGAGUAAGUGCUCUGUAUAUUGAAAGGAUUGUUUUAAACGGUCUCUUGUUAUUAACUGCUUUGUCUUUUCACCCCUUCAUUUCUCAUGUAGUAAAAUCCAUUUUUUGAACUGGAAAAUCCUUACUCAUUAUGAACUUCGGUAUGUUUUCCCCAAA